AUGUUCAAAGAGCGGCAAGUUAAACGAGCAGAUCUGGAUUUGCCGAAAUCCAAUUGUGAUUUUCAAAUUAUUCCAAAUCGUUCGGAAAUGUUACCAACAACAACGACAGCGACAGCAUCAAUUACGAGCAAACCGAAUCAUACGACAAUUCCCUUGUUAAAUGUACAAAAACUAACGCGAAUGCCGUCAAAUCUAACCAUUGAACGGUGCUGUUUUCUUUUAAUCCAUGUUCUUUUUUAUGCUAUUAUUCUUACUAUUGUUUAUAUAAGACUUGAACGAUUUACUGAUAAACAAGAGAAAAUGCUUCUUCAGUUUCGUCUGAAUGAUAAUUUAACUCUUCAUCAAGAACUUCAUCGUCAUCUACUUAAUUACAAUCAUUCACAUUCAGAAAACAAUGUGGAUUGCUCCCAUCAACUUCCUCCACAUCCGAGACGCAAUCGCACGACACGCUGCUUACAAAUACGUGUUGGAUUAACCGAACUGAUCGAGAAUAUUUUUUGUCCAAAUGAUGAAUAUCCUCAAUGGUUGACUAUACAGAAUCGUGAAACCAAUUCGAUCGAUUUUAAUCGAACAUGGAUUGAAUAUCGACGAGGUUUUGGAAAUACUCGUAAUCGAACUGAUUUUUGGAUUGGCAACGAGAAUCUUCAUUGGUUAUCUACAACGUACUCGUGUCGAUUGAGAAUUGAACUAACCGAUUGGUAUAAUGAGACUCGAACAGCGAUCUAUGAAAUCUUCCGAAUUGCAAAUCAACAAGAUGGUUAUCGAAUACAGAUUGCUGAAUAUCAUGGAGAUAUAGAAAGCUCAAACAAAAUCGAUAGUUUCUCUCGCUGGCACCAUAAUGCACGAUUUUCCACCUAUGAUCACUACGCUACGAACACAAAUUGCCCUCAAAAACAUGGCGGAGGUGGAUGGUGGUACCAUUCCGGUGUCGAAUGCGCACAUGUACAACUCAAUGGGCACUUUGCAACACAUUCCGAUGGAUUAGUACCAUUCAAUACCGGUAUUCUAUGGAUAGGAUGGAAAGGCGAUCGACAUUAUUCAUUUCAACGUGUAAAUAUGGCUAUUCAACCGAAAUCGAAACAUCCUCGUCCACUGUAUCGAUCUUAA